AUGGAGUUUACGUUUUCUCUAUCCCAAACCUUGUUUACAUUCCUCUUCAUUUUACUUGUGAUUAAACUUUUGAAGGGAUCCAAAACUAAUCGCUUGGCUCCUAAUCUACCUCCGGGGCCAAAAAAGCUUCCUCUCGUAGGAAACAUUUUUGAUGUCGGGGGCCCACUCCCACACCAUACCUUGAGAAACUUGGCGCAGAAGUAUGGGCCACUGAUGCACCUACAACUAGGAGAGAAUUCCACCGUCAUUGCCUCAUCAGCAGAAACUGCAAAAGAGGUUAUGAAAACCCAUGAUAUAAACUUUGCCAAUCGGCCUUUUCUUCUUGCUGCACAUAUAAUAUCCUACAAUUCCACAAACAUUAUGCAUUCGCCUUAUGGAGAAUACUGGAAGCAGCUAAGAAGGAUUUGUAAUUCAGAGCUAUUAAGUGCAAGGCAUGUUCAAUCACUUAGACCGAUAAGGGAAGAAGAGGUCUCUAAUCUCAUCCAAAUGAUCUCUAAAAGCUCAGGAUCUCCAGUUAAUCUCAGUGAACUUAUCUAUGCAAUGACUUACGGGAUUACUACAAGGUCAAUCUUUGGGAAGAAGUCAAAACAUCAGGAAGCACUGAUAUCGCUCAUUGAUAAAGCUUUAGUGCUAUCUGGAGGAUUUACUCUUUCCGAUCUCUAUCCUUCGUCAAAAGUUAUUGCAUUUCUUAGUGGGCUUAGACCCAAACUUGAAAAGAUACAUCAGAGAUUUGAUAAGAUGCUAGAUGACAUUAUCAGAGAGCAUAAAUCACAUGAAGAAGGAAAAGAUAUGGGUAAUUUGCUACUAGACGUUCUACUCAAACUCAUGGACAAUAGCAAGCUUGAAGUUCCCUUGACCUUGAACAAUAUUAAAGCAAUCAUCUUGGAUAUAUUAGCUGCAGGUAGCGACACGUCUUCUACAGUCAUAGAAUGGGCGAUGUCAGAGUUGCUGAAGAACCCGAGUAUUAUGGAGAAGGCACAAACUGAGGUUAGACAGAUUUUCAGCACAAAAGCCAAAGUUGAUGAAACGGGAAUCCAAUCGUUGGAUUUCUUGAAGUUGGUUAUCAAGGAAACUUUAAGAUUACACCCUCCAGCACCUUUGAUGUUGCCAAUGGAGAACAGGGAGAAAUGUGAGAUAAAUGGAUACGAGAUUCCCGUGAAGACUAAAGUGGUUGUGAAUGUGUGGGCAAUUGGUAGAGAUCCAAAGUACUGGAAAGAUCCUGAAAGGUUUCAUCCAGAAAGAUUUGUUGAUAGUUCAGUUGAUUAUAGAGGAGGCGAUUUUGAAUACAUACCCUUUGGUGCUGGCAGGAGAAUAUGCCCAGGAAUAUCAUUUGGAUUAGCCAAUCUUGAGCUUCCACUCGCGUCUUUGCUUCACCAUUUCGACUGGAAACUUGCAGACACAAAUGGGAAGAAUGAAGAUCUCGACAUGACUGAAGCUUUUGGCGUGACUGUUAAAAGGAAAAGUGUCCUGAAUAUUGUCCCUAGUGUUUGUUAUCCUCUUGCACUGUAA